UCUUCCUUUCUCUCAUCUUCUUGUUCCUUUGUCUUUGAUUCAUAGCUCAGCUUUCAAAACAUACCAUAACUCAGGACCAAAUUUCAUUAAAGCACGUAAGUGAUAACCAUGUUUCCACAAUUAUUCUAGCUAUCAGUGAAAAUUGAUGGAUAGCUGCAGGCAAACAAAAACUGGCAACUUCCACGUACGUCGACUUUCUCCAACCCGUAGUUACGUCAGACCUGGCAGCCUCACGCAAAAUAUCAAUGCAAUUUUGUCACUCCGUUCCUGCUAUAUAUGCUCAAUUGCUCAGACUAGACUGUUUACCACCGUAAAAAAUCCAAACCCAUGCCACCUCUAUCCUAAUGGGUUCUUCCCAAGACGAUACUUGCCAACCUCUCCUUCAACCCAUUUCAUCCUCCCCAUCCUUAACAGAUAAGCAUGACCACUCGAGCAGCACUGAGCUGGAAAGAAUAUUAUCCGACACAGAUAGGCCGUUCUUGCAGCGUCUCAAACCUGCUCUAUCGAUCGAGUCGAAGCUCCUUUUCUUCCUCGCCGGUCCGGCAGUGGUCGUCUACUUGACCAACUACGUUAUGUUCAUGUCCACCCAAAUCUUCUCCGGCCACCUUGGUAAUCUUGAGCUCGCCGCUGCUUCUCUCGGAAACAAUGGAAUCCAAAUGUUCGCCUAUGGCCUCAUGUUAGGCAUGGGAAGUGCGGUGGAGACGCUAUGUGGACAAGCAUAUGGAGCUCAAAAGUACGAAAUGCUUGGCAUAUAUCUACAAAGAUCAACCAUCCUCCUAACGUUGGUCGGUUUCCUCCUCACCUUGGUCUACAUCUUCUCAGAACCAGCUCUAAUCUUUCUCGGCGAGUCCCCGAGAAUUGCCUCAGCCGCCGCCAUUUACGUUUACGGCCUGAUCCCUCAAAUCUUUGCCUACGCCGUCAACUUCCCGAUCCAGAAAUUCCUCCAAGCUCAAAGCAUAGUGACUCCAAGUGCAUACAUAUCAGCAGUGACACUAGCCGUACACCUCUUGCUGAGCUGGGUGGCCGUGUACAAGAUUGGGCUUGGGCUUCUGGGCGUGUCGCUGGUGCUCAGCCUGUCGUGGUGGAUCACUGUGGUGGCGCAGUUUGUAUACAUCGUGAAAAGCGAGAGGUGCAGGCACACGUGGAGCGGUUUUACGUGGCAAGCGUUCACCGGGUUGUAUGGAUUCUUCAAAUUAUCGGUGGCGUCUGCAGUGAUGCUUUGUUUAGAGACGUGGUAUUUUCAGAUUCUGGUUCUGCUGGCUGGCUUGCUGGAAAAUCCUGAGUUGGCUCUUGACUCGCUCUCGAUUUGCACGACUAUAUCAGAAUGGGUGUUCAUGAUCUCAAUCGGGUUAAAUGCAGCUGCAAGUGUGCGAGUAAGCAAUGAGCUUGGAGCCGGAAAUCCCAAGUCCACAGCAUUUUCUGUCAUCGUGGUGACUACGAUCUCCUUCAUCAUCUCCGUCAUCGCAGCAAUAGUUGUUCUUAUUUUUUGUGAUGUUAUCAGCUACGCCUUCACGGAGGGUGAAGUCGUGGCCGCUGCUGUCUCAGAUCUUACCCCUCUUCUUGCCCUCACCCUCCUCCUCAAUGGAAUUCAGCCAGUAUUGUCCGGUGUUGCUGUUGGGUGUGGAUGGCAAGCUUUUGUGGCGUAUGUAAAUGUGGGCUGUUAUUACUUUGUUGGAGUACCACUUGGUGCCCUUCUUGGAUUUUACUUCAACUUUGGCGCUAAGGGAAUAUGGUUAGGGAUGAUGGCGGGCACGUUGAUGCAAACAAUCAUUCUAAUAUGGAUCACUGUCCGAGCAGACUGGAAGAAGGAGGUGGAAGAGGCAGCCAAAAGGUUGAACAAGUGGGACGUGAAGGAACCCGUAAAAGGCUGAGAAAGAAGUUAAUUAUCAUAUAUAUGUAGGAUGAAAUUAUUCUACGAGAUUUUAUUCAAAAUGCAACUUUGUACUUUGAUAUAAUAGCUGUAAAAAUUGCUCAAUUUAAAAGUCAGGAAACUUAAUUAUUAGUGACGUGAAAAUAAUGUUA